AUGGCUAUCGCAACGGGCUUUCCUCAGCUUGCGAAGCCUUCGGAUUGGGACAGCGGUAUCGCAGGUCUCUUCGCUGCGCCCGUGCCGCAGGAACCCCCGAAGCAAGUGACUGCUCCCAAGGCAGUUGCCGCUCCCAAAAAGGAACGUAAGGAACGGAAGGAACGGAAGGAACGCAAGGUGGAAGAAUCGAAAGAGGACGAGGAAGAAGAAGAGGCACAGGCAUCCUCUUCGGAAGAUGCUGAGCAAAGUCCCGAGCCUGUCGUUGAACCCAAGACGGAUCCAGCCAGUCGGAAGAGGAAGCGAAAGGCCCGUGAUGGAGAAGAUCUGGAGGAGAAAUACUUCGCGAAGCUCCAAGACGAGAGGCCCGCGAAGACCGCCCGAAAGGAAAAACCUGUAGCAAGCGGUUCAGACGCCGAAUCGGACGCUGAAUCGGACACUGAAUCGGACGAGAGCGAGGCCGCCUCCGUCGAUGGUACAGAAGAGGAAGAUUCAGACGACGCUGCCAGCGACGAUGAUGCCAUGUCCAUUGAUGCUACCUUGGCCUCCGAAGGCUUGGUACACGAGAGCUUGAAACCCCCGCAACCCCGUCCCGAAGACGAAUCCGAGAAGGAGAAACGAACCGUAUUCCUUGGGAACGUGGCCUCGAGCGCUGUGACCUCCAAGUCCGAUAAGAAAGCCCUCCUCAAGCACCUGGGUUCCUUCCUUCCGGACCUCAAGACUGGCGACGUCCCCCACAAAGUCGAAUCCCUCCGCUUUCGAUCCACCGCGUAUUGGAACAACCUCCCCAAGCGCGCCGCCUUCGUCACCAAGAACCUCAUGGAAACCACCACCAAGUCGACGAACGCCUACGCCGUCUACUCUACCGAAUUCGCGGCCCGCGCGGCCAUGCGGAAGCUGAACGGAUCCGUCGUGCUGGACCGUCAUCUGCGGGUCGACAGCGUCUCGAGCCCCGCGAAGGUCGAUAAUCGGCGAUGCGUGUUCGUGGGGAAUCUAGGGUUUGUGGACGAUGAUACCGCGAUGAAGGAAGGCGAUGCGGAGAUGAAAGGGAGCAGUGCCAAGCCGAGGAAAUCUACUCCGGGCGAUACGGAAGAGGGGCUUUGGCGCCAGUUUAAACUGGCGGGGGAGGUUGAGAGUGUGCGAGUGGUGCGGGAUCCGGCUACGCGUAUUGGGAAGGGGUUUGCGUAUGUGCAGUUCAAGGACCCGAAUGCGGUUGAAGCGGCCUUGCUGUUCAACGACAAGCGAUUCCCACCCAUGCUUCCGAGAAAGCUCCGUGUUACUCGAGCAAAGGCGCAGGAUAAGCCGAGGAAGGAUUCAGGUUACGCUGGAGCCAAUGAACGCCCUAAGAGGCGGCCAAAGAGCCGAACUGAGGGAGGCCGAGAAGGCGGCCCACAGGGACGGCCUCAGAGGGGACCUCAAAAGGGGCCACAUGGCUCUCGAGGUCGGUCCGGCGCGAACGCCAACAUGGAGCCGGUAGGGGCCGCACGACCUAGACCCGGCCAGGCUGGAGCAUUCGAAGGGCAGCGCGCCUCUGCACCGGCCCCAGUCAGAGCGAAAAGGGCGAGAAAGACCAGCGAGAAAGGCCGGCAACGAGCCAGCGCGUGGAGGCGAUCCGGCGGCACCAAGCCCUAA